AUGGCGAGCUUUGCCAAAACCGCCAGUCAUCAGGCUACCAGCAGCCGUGCAACUAUCGCGAUAUUAUCUUCACAGCAUGAGAGAGGCACUCCACCACAUCCGUCCAGGAUACAUCCCCCAUAUGCUUGCGGUCAAUACCCGGAAGUGCAAGACACGGUGGAGCGAAAGCGUAAUCCUCUGCAGUCCUUGAAGAGUAGAGGCCCAAAAAAACAACGAAACGAUAUCAAUAAGCACAGGUCCUUCAAGGUCAAGAAUCCUCCAGAUCGAAUACCGAACAGACAAGCAUCUUGUCAAGACACAGCGUUUCUGAGCCUACAAUCCUACCAGUCAGUGAAUCUUGAUUGCAAUACGUGCGUACACUGA